UAUUCCAACACAAUUAUUCAAUCUCACUAAUUUGUUUCAUUUGGACCUUGCACAUAACAAACUUUCAGGAUCUAUGACGGAGUGCAUUUAUAACUUGACUCAUAUGGUUACUUCUAAUUUUGUGGAUGAAUGGAAUAAUGCUCCAAUUGAGUUGUUUACAAAAGGUCAAGAUUAUGUGUAUGAAAUCGAACCAGAUAGGCGAACUAUUGACUUUUCAGCUAAUAACUUGUCUGGAAAAGUGCCAUUGGAAUUAUUUCGGCUUGUUAAAGUUCAAACAUUAAACUUAUCUCACAAUAAUUUCAUUGGAACUAUACCGAAGACGAUUGGAGGCAUGAAAAAUAUGGAAUCUCUCGAUUUUUCUAAUAAUAAGCUUUGUGGUGAAAUUCCUCGGAGCAUGUCUCUCUUAACUUUUUUGGGUUAUUUGAAUUUAUCAUACAAUAAUUUUGACGGAAAAAUCCCAAUAGCAACGCAACUUCAAAGUUUUAAUGCAUCAAGCUACAUUGGCAAUCCAAAAUUAUGCGGUGCUCCUCUUAAUAACUGUACCACGGAAGAAGAAAAUCCUGGAAAUACAGAGAAUGAAGAUGAUGAAUCUAUAAGAGAGUCGUUGUAUUUAGGCAUGGGAGUGGGAUUUGCAGUAGGUUUCUGGGGCAUUUGUGGUUCUUUGUUUCUUAUUCGGAAAUGGAGGCAUGCGUACUUUCGGUUAGUUGAUAGAGUGGGUGACUUUCUCUAUGUUACUUUGACCGUAAAGUUAAAUAGCUUUCGCAGAAACUGAGCUCCUGCUAGUUAAGGUUAGUUAAACCUACCUCAUAGU